GAAAGCUGGAAAUAUCAAAAGGAUUUAAUAAACCAAAAGAACCAACGAAAAUUUUAAAUUUAAAAUCAAAGCUGGAAUAAUUUUCAAAUAAAAUGAUUUUCGAUCGUUAUGCUGCCUCAGGCAGCACAGGUGACGACUACGAAUUCGGUGGUGCAUUCAAACAAUAUCCCAACAAUCUGGCCUCCCCCGACUCCACCAACACCCUAAGAUUAGCCACCAACACUAACGAUCUUAACAACUACCAGCAUAAUACACAUCAACACCACCACCUCCACCAACAACAACAACAACGCCACAACGGUUAUAGUCAAAGUAAUUCACCUAGUCGUUCGCUGGGCAUCGAUUCCACAACAUUGGUUAAUACAUUGCCCCACUCACCAGCCCACAUGGAACAUUUAUUUAGCAGUAAACUUCAGGCGGAAAGACUUCUGCUGGAGUUGACACAUUUACAAGAACCUAUCUGUGAUUUGAAACAAAGUGAGAAUGGCGGCGUUAUAGCGAAACAGCAUUUGAGGAGGGGUACACGCUUUGGACCGUUUGCGAUAACGGAGUCAAUGGAAAAAUCAAAUGCCUGGGAUAUCUUACCCAUGUCCCAUAUACGUAGCCUAUUGGAACCCUCGCCCGAAGUUAAGUUGUUAUUAAAGAAAAUUCGUACUUCCUCCAAUUUGGAGUGUGAAAAAGAGGCUAAUUUUAAUAAUUUUUAUGUGGCGGGAUGUCUUUGGUAUGAAUCUAAUCGUGAUAUUGAGGCUGGUGAAGAGAUUAUUAUUGACGGCCGGUCCAAAACCCUCUACGAGCACAAUGAAUUAUUGGCGAAUGGAGAAAUGCACAAUGGUUCCUCAAUACAUAGCAGUGAUGAUAGAAGUGAACGUGAUAAUGCCUCAUUUUAUGGAUCAAAUUUAAACCGUGAAGACGAUUACAAAAAAGACAAGUCAUCCGAUCAAAUAAAAAGUGAACAAAGUGAUGAUGAAAAUGGUUUUGAUAUACGCUGUGAAGUGUGCGAUAAAGUCUUUAUAGAAUUACAAGAUUUGGACGAUCAUUUGGUGGGUGCCCAUCAUUUUCGUAAAGACGAAUUUUUCUGUGAAUUGUGUUCGCAGCGUUUCUGUCAUCGACCGCUUUUACUGAAACAUCGUGCAUUGCAGCACAACGAGAUACGGAAAUAUCCCUGUGAAAAUUGUACCAAGGUAUUUUGUGAUCCAUCGAAUUUACAGCGACAUAUUCGUAACCACCACAUUGGAGCCAGAAGUCACGCUUGCCCUGAGUGCGGUAAAACAUUUGCUACCUCAUCAGGUCUUAAACAACACACGCACAUACACUCCUCCGUCAAACCCUUCCAGUGUGAGGUCUGUUUCAAAGCCUAUACGCAGUUCUCGAAUUUGUGCCGACACAGGCGCAUGCAUGCCGAUUGUCGCAUGCAGAUAAAGUGCAGCAAGUGUGGUCAAAGUUUUAGUACGGUUACCUCUUUGUCCAAACACAAAAGAUUUUGUGAUUCUACCAACGUACCACCGGCGGGAGUAGGUUUGCCACCCAGUUUAGCACACUCUUUGCAUCAUCAAACUCAGAAUCAGUCUCCCACACAAACAAGAUCAUCAGGAGUAAACGGUAAUUUAGCCAACAACAUGACUACACCACCGAAUCCAUUUUUGUUUUGGCGUUCCACCUUCUUUCCGGCAUUUCCUCCGGCUGCUGCUGCCUUUGGUUUGCAGGGCAUGUUUCCCCAGGCGGCCGCUACCCAAACCUCAAAUUUUGCACCCAUGUUCUCAAAACCCAAUAUGGACUUUAAACUGCAGCAGCUGAGAUGCCAGCCUCCAGCAAAUGCCCUCAACCACAACCUCAAUAACAACAGUAAUAAGACCAACUCCCUGGCCGUUAGUCCAGCCAAGGAACACAUAAAUACAUCAGCAAAUCAAGAAGCAUUUGGUCUCUAUUUUCCCAAAUUCGAAAUGGAGCAAAAGCUGAAACGUGAAAGAAAUUCAGCUGAUAGUAAUCAUAUAAAAUAUAAGAAAGAAGCACAGCGUUUUUCUUCUGAUGAAGAGUCCCUGGAGACCAAAGAAAAAACUACUAAACAUGAUAUAAAAAAAGAAACGGACCACAAAUUGAAAAAAGAGGAGGAAGAAGAGGUCUCCUUGAGAAUGAAUGAGGAUGAUAAGAAAUCCAUUGACAUUGUCUCAGUGUCUCCUCACCAUGAAGCGGAGGCAAAAACCGCCUAUACAGAACUGCCUUUGGAUCUAAGUGUCUCGCGCAAAAGAAGCAGUAUUGAUUCAAAUUUUAGUCAACAGUCAGCAGAACAGAAAUCUACAAGAGUUGUUGACCACAACUCCUCUAUAAUAAAUAUUCGAGAUAUCAGUCCCAUAGCCCAUGAAGAACUAAGCAAUGCGGACAGUUAUGAGCAACCUCCGAAAAAGCAAAGAAUAUUCAACUCCUCGGUAAACAGCAGUCGCACUCCCACGGCCUCUCCAGGACCCACACCCUCUCCCUCACCACCCUGCAAUGUCAGCAGUACGGCAGCCCAUGAAAAUACUUCAGCCUCCCUGCCCACUUGUCCACGGCCCAUACAUCCCAUGCUGCUCGAUGAAAUCUAUCGCACACAUGCAUUGGAAUCCACAUUUCAACGUCCGUUCCCUUUUUUAGGACUAAUGGGCGAGCGGCCGUCUUUAGAGGCCAAUGCAUUACGCGCUAGAGAAGAGCAGUUUGCAGCCGAACCCAUGUUUCAUGAAGCCUUGAGGGGCCUUUCUGCCGGCGCUCUACAAGUAGCCCAAGCGGGCAAAUUGAAAGAUCGUUAUACCUGCAAGUUCUGUGGCAAAGUUUUUCCCCGGUCGGCCAAUCUAACCCGCCACUUGAGAACUCACACCGGCGAACAACCCUAUACCUGUAAAUAUUGUGAUCGUGCUUUUAGCAUCUCCUCAAAUCUGCAACGGCAUGUACGCAAUAUACACAACAAAGAAAGACCUUUCAGAUGUCAUUUAUGUGAUCGUUGCUUUGGCCAGCAAACCAACUUGGAUCGGCAUUUGAAGAAACAUGAAUCGGAUACCACGGGUCUGGGUUUGGCCAUCAGUGAUUCGCCCAGUUCAAAUGAGGCCGAUCGUGAGGACUCCUAUUUCGAUGAAAUACGCAAUUUCAUGGAUCGUGUCACCUACAAUGAGGACUUAUAUACACCCUCCAGCAUAGGCAAUGCAGAAAAUGAUACCGACUACAAUGCCAGCGAUAAUGAUAAUGAGCUAUCGGUUUCCCGGCCCUCAUCGGCUGAUUUAACUAAUGAUCAUCAAUCCAAAACUACUGAGGCUAAUGAAAUCUUAGAGGAUGAUUAAUAAAUAAAUUAAUAACAUAAAAUAAGUUAUUUAUACCAACACACUCAAACUUUAAAGUAAAUAUAUUUAAAUAGUUAUUGUUUCAUUUAACUAAA